AAUGAAUGUUGGGGUGGCCCACAGUGAGGUGAAUCCCAACACCCGGGUGAUGAACAGCCGUGGCAUCUGGCUGGCCUACAUGAUCUCGGUGGGAGUUCUCCAUGUGAUUCUCCUCAGCAUCCCAUUCUUCAGCAUUCCAGUGGUCUGGACCCUUACUAAUGUUAUACACAACCUGGUUAUGUACUGGUUUCUUCACACUGUGAAAGGAACCCCGUUUGAGACACCGGACCAGGGCAAGGAUCGCCUCCUCACACACUGGGAACAGAUAGACUAUGGGACGCAGUGCACCUCCUCCCGCAAAUUCCUCAGCAUCUCGCCGGUAGUCCUUUACCUCCUCACCAGCUUUUAUACCAAAUACGACCCUGCACAUUUUCUAAUCAACACGACCUCCCUCCUCAGCGUCCUCCUCCCCAAGCUGCCCCAGUUCCACGGCGUGCGUGUCUUUGAAGAGACAAACUUCUCCAAAUCAUAUUUUAAUUUAACAAAAGUGUUAAGAAAGAGAUACACAAUCAUCUUAAAAACCUCCGUGCUCUGA